UGCAUUGUCCAUUUUACACAUGGUUGCUGUAUCAGCUCGACUGUGUUGGACGGGCAGACUAGUGCAUAAUUGAAAAGGCGUCGCGAACGCGCAGUUCACGGCAACGAGACGGAUAAAUGGAAAGCGGUAGAGGGAGGGCUCAGGAGUUGAUGAGGUUCCUUUGCCGGGGUCUUGGAAUGGUAUCAGAUUUGAAAGUGACUCAGGAAAUCACAGAAGGGUUCCGAAUUACGCUUGGCUCCAAAAUAGCCGGAUGGAAUUUAAGGCUUACUGUCAGGACCACACCACUGCAGAAGUUCUUGGGAGGCAUAUGUCGUCUUUGAGGAUAACUGAGUUAGGAUAUGAGAAGAUAAUCUGACAGUAUACCACGGAUUACAUACUCAUAUGGCUGCACCAGGGGCUAAAGGGGAUGAGACCACAGACCUCAUAUCUGUGGAACUGAGCCUGAGCGCUCUUCAUUUGGACACAGAUGCAAUAUUUGGACAUACGAGCCAUUUACAGAGACGAAAAGCUAAGGUUGUUGAGGGCUAUUCAAGCAGAGAGGUCCCAUUCUCCUCGGGUCUCAACCCUAGGAAGAGGCUUCACUCAGCGGAGGAAGUCAAAUGCGGCAGCCGGCCAAACCCAGAGGGCGCGGGCUCCGUGUCCGUAACAGAGAUAAGUCAGUCGGAGAGAAAAGACGACGGAGACACCCUUUGCCAGCGAUGUCAGAUCAUCGCGUCCGAACUGAACAGGCAGGCGUUCACUUUGGCGGACCCUGGAUCACUGAAGGAUCCCAGCUUUGCGGCGUUCCUGCUUGACAAGCUCCAGGCGUUGGAAUGGCCGCCCCGAGGGAGGCAUGCUGGGAGCUCUUGUGAGGUGUGUGGCACCCCCCUGCACUAUCUGAGACGCCUCGCCCUGCAGAAGGCCCUCGAGCUGGCCAGAGAUAUGCCCGACCCGCAGCCAGGACCCUUCUCUGGGUUCCCACCCCGGCCAGCCGCACAGAGCGUCGUGACGUUACCCUCAGCGCACCAGACAUCACAAGAUUGGUCAAUCCAGAGUUCCCAUGCCAGGUCAUCGGCCAAGCCCUAUGGAGCGUCAGCGUCAGGGGACAAGCAGAGAGAUCAAGGGUGGGCACCUAGUGGGGCGUCAGGAGGUCCUCCGCCCCCCUGUCUGGCCAAAGUCACCCCUCUGCCUGUCCACGCCCAGCACUACCUGGAGGGGGUUUGGAGCGUCCACAGGGUCAGUCGGUCAUCACACCACCACUAUGCUCAGGUGGCUGCUGAUGCAGACAGAGAGAGUGUGUGGUCCGACAGUCUCAGCUCUGGCAUGGUCAGCCCUCUGACCUCCGUCUCCUCCCCGACCAGCCAGGCGCAGUCCUCUGCCUCGUCCACCACCUCCGGGAGCGCAGCGGCCUCUUUCUUCAUCAGGGCCGCUCAGAAGCUGAACCUCUCCAAGCGGAAGAAGCCCCAGCCGCCGCCCCCCUCGCCGCCCGACCCCAACGAGCCCGCCUUCUACACCGAGGGCUUCAGCGCCACCCUGCAGCUCUCGCCGCCCCCCGUGCCGCCAUGCCUCCUCAGGGCAGGGUCAAAGGUCAAGGACACCCCUGGGGUGGGAAAGGUCAAAGUGAUGGUGCGGAUAUGUCCCGUGCCAGGUUCUCCUGAGUCCAUGUCCUUCCUGAAGGUGGACGGCCACAAGAAACAGCUGACUCUACUGGAGCCUUCGCCCAACGCCCCCUCAACGUCCUCCGCCACUGCCCAGAGGCGCUCGGCCACCGCUCCAAAGAUGUUUGCCUUCGAUGCCAUUUUCACCCAGGAUGCCUCCCAAGCGGAGGUUUGCUCAGGGACUGUUGCAGAGGUCAUCCAGUCAGUGGUCAAUGGAGCAGACGGCUGCAUCUUCUGUUUCGGCCACACAAACCUCGGCAAGACGUUCACCAUGAUUGGGCAGGACAGCUCGACCCAGAGCCUGGGUGUGGCACCGUGUGCAAUCUCCUGGCUCUUUAAGCUGAUCGAGGAGCGUCGGGAGAAGGCUGGCGCCCGCUUCUCCGUCCGCGUGUCCGCCGUGGAGAUCUGCGGCCGAGACGAGGCCCUCACCGACCUGCUGGCCGACCUCACGUCAGGCAGCGCGCAGGACAGCCAAUCCCCGGGUGUCUUCCUGCGUGAGGACCCCGUCUCUGGAUCUCAGCUCCAGAAUCAGAGUGAGUUGAGAGCGUCCACGGCGGAGAGGGCGGCCUUCUACCUGGACACGGCCCUGGCGGCUCGGAGCACCAGUCGGCCCGACUGUGAGGAGGAGGAGCGCAGGAACUCCCACAUGCUCUUCACCCUGCACGUCUACCAGUACCGCAUGGAGAAGAGUGCCAAAGGAGGAAUGUCAGGUGGUCGGAGUCGCCUUCACCUCCUCGACCUGGGCAGCUGUGAGUCCGACCUCAGCCAGACCCGCGACGGAGGAAGGGGACAGUGCCUGUCCCUGGGUGCCCUGGGCAAUGUCAUCCUUGCCUUGGCAAAUGGAGCCAAGCACGUACCGUACAGGGACAGCAAGCUCACCAUGCUGCUGAGGGAGUCCCUGGGCAACAUCAACUGCAGAACCACCAUGAUUGCCCACAUCUCAGACUCGCCAGCCAAGUUUGCCGAGACGCUCACCACCGUUCAGCUAGCCUCGCGUAUACACCGCAUGAGGAAGAAGAAAUCUAAGUAUGCAUCUAGCUCUUCUGGUGGGGAGAGUUCUUGUGAAGAAGGGCGGAUCCGUCGGCCAGCGCAUCUCCGGCCAUUCCACCCCAGGACUGUGGCCCUUGACCCAGACAUGCCCUCAAUGCUCUCCAGUGACCCGGACUACUCAUCGAGCAGUGAGCACUCCUGCGACACGGUCAUCUACGUCGGGCCUGGCGGAGCCCAAAUCUCUGACCGAGAGCUUAGUGACAAUGAGGGCCCACCCGCCUUCGUACCCAUCAUUCCCUCUUUAAAUAAGAAGCGUGCAAAGGACGGUCCCUUAAGAGAUGGGGAUCAUUUGAAGUGCAACACAUUUGCAGAAUUGCAGGAACGUCUCGAAUGCAUUGAUGGCAGCGAAGGGCCGUCCACUUUCACAGGAGAGGGCAAGGGAUCACAGGUAAUCCCUAAGGUAACCCCCCUAAAUAGUGGGGUUGGCAAAGCAUUGGAGGAGACAGCAUUUUCUGCCAGGACUGCUAAGAACUCUUUCCAAAAGCCUUCCCACACCAUAGGGUCUACCCACCCUGCUCCCCUCAAUCCUGAAAAGGAACAUUCCAGAGCUCCCUCAGACAGGGUCACUUCUGAACCUAGCAAAUGUGCAACAACAGAUUCAGAACCCGUAGUCCGAGAGAAGGUCUACCUCAACAAAGGACCUUUGCCAAAACCCAACAGCUCCCCCUCCCAAACCAGGUCCUCCAGGACAGCAGGUAGCGCUAGCAGUGGCCCUGCUGCACGGACACCUCCCGUGGGGAUGAGCCAGCAGGCUCUGAGACAGGGUGAGCAAGGGGGAUCUCCUGUUAUGGAAAGAGCACACCACAUGAGCAGAAGUCCCCUGGAGGUAAGCCAUCUCAGAGCAGCCCUCAGGGGCAGGUGUUUAGAGCGGGAUGUGCUAAGAACCACACUCACCCUUCAGCAACCUGUGGAGUUGAAUGGGGAGGAUGAACUGGUGUUCACAGUGGUGGAAGACCUUCCCCCUGGUCUUAUCCCAGAUAAUGGUAGACCAUCCAGUAUAAUCAGCUUUAACAGUGAUUGCUCCCUACAGGCUUUGGCAUCGGGAUCACGGCCUGUUAGCAUAAUUAGCAGCAUUAACGAUGAGUUUGAUGCCUACACUUCCCAAGUGGAGGCCUCCCAGGCAACCUUGGAGGCUGUCAGGCAAUCGCAGGAAGACUUGUACACUUUCCACGGAGGUGGACAAUCCUCGAUUGGCUCUUGGCCUAGUGAGAUGAGUGUGUGCACGCUUGACAGUGAGGCAGUCCAUUCGUCCAAAGGUCACAUGUCGAAAGGUAGGAAUGUGAGAGCAGAUAGCACAUCCUCUAUCUUGGAUUCACCUGGUGCGUUAUGCAUGGACCCCUUUUCUCAGAAAGGGGCCAAGAGUUCCUUGGGAGAUAGUGGUAUUUUCUUUUCAGAAGUUGACAGUGAGACUGCUAGUCCCUGCAGAGCAUCCCUGAACAAGUGCCCAGCCUCUCCUGAUACUACCAAAGCAUUCCUAAAAGGCCCUAAAUCAGCCAGAGCUAACACUCUGAACACCUCACAGUCCCCACAGUCCCACCAUGGCUCUCACUCCUCGCUACCCAGGAAAACCAAACCUACCUCGUCUGUUGCUCCAGGCCCUAGCUGCAGCCGUGAACUGCAGAGGCAAGACAGCAGAUUGGAAGAGACAUGGCUUCGCGGUGCCAGUGGACCCUCAGAUCCUAAGCCCACAGACUCUGUAUCUUUUGUUAAGUCACCAAGAAAUGCCCUGAGUAGCAUUCCGACCAGAAAACCCAAUGGAAACAGCAACAGUGUUCCCCGCCCACCCAAGGCACAAGUUUCCUCCUCUACCCAAAGGGUGGUGGAUGGCUGUGAAAGAUCUAGCAGCAAGAAAACCGACACCUUGAGUAGGAUGCCACAGCUUAGACGGGGAGCCACCACUCUUGGGACUGUGUCUGUGCCUCAUACUUCAUCUGAAUCUAAAUGGGGCCAGGAAGGGUUGCAGGGGACCAGCAGCUUAAGAUUCUCCUCUUUAGGUAAAAGAGGAAAUGGACAAAAGGCUAGUGGCCUGCCGAAGUCUGAAAGCAUUUCCCCUCCUGCCCCACCCCUUCGGAAGUCUAGCCUAGACCAGAGGACGAGGAUUGUUUUGUCUCCAAGUGCCUUGAGGUCAGGUAGCGAUGCAGCCAAAUCCUCACUUCCCAAAACCUCAGCCUCAGAGGAGGACUUUGAUUCUGCUAGCUUCAAAACAUCCAGUUUGAGGACGGCCUCCAGUCUGAAGGCACGAGGGGGCAAAGGUGAUAAUGGGAGGUACUUUGGCAGCCUGGUGUCCUUGGAACGAUGUGACAGUCUCACUUCAGUGGGAUCCAGACCAGGACUGUCAAGAGAGAACAGUGGUGCUAGCUUAGGAAGCACUGGAAAAUCAAGUAGGAUGGUUCCUCGUCUUGGGAUACCCACUUCAUCCUCAACUCCUACUGCAAUCUCUCCACCAUCCUCUGCCACAAGUGGAAGCAGACUUGGACAUAUCAAAGCCAGUAUCAGCUCUCGAGCUAUUGGUCCCAGUGGCACCAAAGCAAAGGUGCUGUCUGCGAGUGGCUCAAAGGCACUUAGUUCCUCCACCAAAUCUCUUACGACUUCAGCUGCACGUAAUGCCAGCCUGCCUCCAUCAGGAAAGACUCCGACUCGUUCAGUGCCGGGUGCUACUGCAAAGCCAGGCAGAGGCACCAUUAUGGGCACAAAGCAAGCUCUACGUGCCGCGAACAGCCGAGUCAGCGAGCUAGCCUCUGGUAGUCCCAAGAAACACUUAAAGGGCUCCGGAGACUCGGCAGAUGGGAGCGAUGGUGCUACAAAUCCCAGCGAGACACCCACCCCUGCCUCUCUGCCUUCACCCUACAGCAAGAUAACAGCCCCGCGGCGACCCCAGCGAUACAGUAGUGGGCAUGGAAGUGACAACAGUAGCGUCCUUAGCGGAGAACUUCCACCCGCCAUGGGCCGCACUGCCCUGUUCUACCACAGCGGUGGCAGCAGUGGGUAUGAGAGCAUGAUCCGGGACAGCGAGACGACGGGCAGCGCCUCCUCUGCACACGACUCCAUGAGCGAGAGCGGGGUCUCAACAUCGAGUCGAGCAAAGGCUUCUAAGUCGCCCAAGAAAAGAUCAAACGGCCUCCAGAGGCGAAGGCUGAUCCCUGCCCCUCUGCCGGACACAUCCUCCCUGAGCCGCAAACCCGGGGCAGCGGGCCAGUGGGUGGAUUUGCCCCCCUUGGGUGGCACCCUGAAGGAGCCCUUUGAGAUUAAAGUGUACGAGAUUGAUGAUGUGGAGAGGCUCCAGAAACGCAAAGAGGGGAUGGGUGCUGAGCCAUUUCAGGAUGUUGAAAAGGGACUGCAGUACUUCAACGCGCGGCUCAGGAUGCUGGAGAAGCGUCAGCAGCAGAUCCGGGAGCUCAGGGCCAAGCACGAGAGACUGAAGAGGGAGCUGGAGGACGCCAAGACUCGGCUGAUGCUUGACCCCGGCAAGUGGAUGGGAGAAUUCGACGUGGAUCCAGACCUCGACAUGGACUCCCAGGACUACCUGGAGGCCCUGGUCCAGGCCACAGGGGAGCUGGAGUUCUGCGUGAACCUCUGCAAGUCUCGGGUCAUGAUGGAGACGUGCUUCGACAUUGUGGUGAGCACCACCACAGGGGCACAAGGUGGACACCAGGAAGUGGAAGUUUGAGCAGGAGCAAGUGAAAGAAAGAAAGAAAGAAAGAAAGAAAAAUAAGAGGAGGAGGAGAAAAAGAAGAAAAAGAAGAUGAUUCAGAGAACAGUGGACAAACAGAGAUGUGUCAGAGCGAGACAGCAAAGGAUUUGGGAGAUAGAGACAGCAAGAGUGGAAGCAGAAUGAUUUGGUCAGAGCUUGAACGAGCCUGAAAGUGAGACUAGCUAUAGCCCGGGGCCAAGGAGUGGACUGAGAAUAAUGAAUCAUGACCGACCUAGGUUCAGUUCCCUUGAAUCACCUGUGCGGACGGAAAAGACAGAUGUUAAAUGUGAGUCAUCGUUGUCUCCAUCAUCGUCAUUGUGUUUUUCACCAACAAGUGCCUUGAUCAUUAACAAUCCUGAGGGAUUAUCUUUCUUUCUGAUUUGGUGCUAGUUUUGAAACCAGCUUACCUGAGCAAACCCUUAUGUAUUCCAUUUUUUGAGAAAGUCACAUAAAAGUAUUUUAUAUUGUAUUGUAAUCUAUGGUGUAUUUAUACAUGAUUUUAGUUAAGAAAAACAACAUAAAUCAAGGGGCAGUAAUAUAAUAUGCAUACUGUAUAUGUGUAUGUAUCAAUAUGUAUAUUAUUGCAUUCCCUUGAGGCCUUUUUGUUAUUUUCCAUCACAGUCCCUCUCAUUACUGUGCUGGUGGUCGCUUUGAUGUUGCGCUCGGAAAAGUUUUCUCUCUCUGUUUGGUAUGCGUCUCGCCCCUGCGAUUUAAUCGCUGGCCGUUAGCCACUCUCGCUGCCCGCUCCGCUGGUCCUGAUAGCGGCCCUGAGUGAGUGUGCUGUUUCCGGGAUGGAAUGGCGGAGCUCUGCUGAGAGCGCGUCAUCUGUCUCUCUUAGUUAUACUCAUCCUUCAGGGCCUGCCGUCUCUCCCACUCUUGCCAUGUCUGAGAGUGUGUGUGUGUGUGUGUGUGUGUGUGUGUGUGUGUGUGUGUGUGUAUGGACCCUGCAGACCAGCCCAGCCGUGAGAUCUUUUGAGUGGCACAGCCGGAUGCGUCCCAUAAAUCAUAGGCUUUCAGACUCUGUGCCGGGCACCUGACACACAAGGGUGGCAUUGAGCUCCCAGUGCAAACAUGAUACUGCAGAGUCUACCUGCCCCUGGGCUUGCAUUUGGGCUGCUGGGUUAUUGAUCCAACCAGCGAGACUGUGGACAAAACAAUAGGGCAUCAUCUUCAGCGGAGCGGCAACCUGAGUCGGGAGACCAAAAAAAUCCUCAGCUCUGUUGGACUAUCACAGUGAUCUGAUUAAUUGGAAUUGGCUCCAAAUCGCUCACUGUUAGUAGGACACACACACUGGAAAAUAAAAUGAGGAAGCAGUGGGAUAUAAACAUUCCCUUUCAAGUGAGUGGGUUUCAAACCGUGUGUGUAAUCAAACCGAUACACACAGCGGGCACUGGGCUCAAAACUCUUAUCCCCGUGUCCACCGUACUGUAAGCCUAUCAGCAGUAGAGGAAACUCACAAAGAGUUAAUGCCAACAUUCUCUUCCCUAUGAAUCAGCUUCCUCCAAUUAACGGUGCUUCUCACCAGUGCCCUUGUGCUUUUUUAGCCAUAUAAGGUCACCUUAAGAGCUCAAUUAAAGGUUUUUAAAGAGGUCCACCAACAUGGGAACAAUUAAACAUCUGAGGUCAAACUGAUGAGUAAGUAAUUUUGAUUAUAACCUUGGAUGUCAGCAUGUUUAAGUAAUUACCUCAAUAUGAUGCAUUGACUUCAACGCUGUAUGAGUUUCAUGGUGGCACAGCCUCUCAUGUAAAUGCUGUCCAUGUUAUUGAAUGACAGUAAACAUGGCAAGUCAUUCAUGACUAAUCAUUUGUGAUUUGUGUGCACAUCACUGACCACACAUCUAUCCAAUAGCAUAGUUUGUUUUAUGUGAACGGGUCAAGUAACACAGUUAUGGUGCAGCAAUGCAAAAUUGUCCAAACGACGGAACUGGUUGUUAGAGUUCAUUUGAGCAUUUCUCCGGACAUGACAUGCGUGUAGUAUUCCAUUGUAGUGUAAUGACAGAGCCAAAGGGGGCAGUUGAACUGAGAUGUUAACGUUUGAGAAAUCUGUUACUCUUUGGGCAUUGUAAGUGUGAGCAACCUGUUACUGAUGUUAAGUACAUCACUUUAUGAACUGAAAACUAUGCUGUUUCUGUGCAGACUGUGGUCUUUUAUCUCUCUCUCUCUGUUUGAAUGCAUUCUGCCCACACCUGUUAAUGAGUCUCCGUUUUUGGUGUUGCCGUGCAAUUUGAUCUUUCGAAGAUGAAAACAGAAAAUGAGUAUGUGUGUUAAAUUGCUCCCAUUUCAAAAUCAUAACCUUUAAAAACUAUGUAUUUUUUUAACAGAAUGAAUCCUCUUUUCAACAAAGACAAAUCUCUCAGGCUCAUUUUGUAGUUGCUGCAUGAAAUAUUUAUUAAUCUUUUUGUAAUAUUUAUUUUUAUUUUAUUUUACUGUCUUUUUCAAACCUUAGUCUGUUUUUUUCUUUUAUCAAUAAGUUAUAUAAAAUACUUUUUGCCAAACAUAUUGAGAGAGAGACUUUUAACAUGUAACAUGUUUUUUUGGCUUUGUAUUGUACAGUUUUAUAAUCCUUUCUAACAAAAUGUACAGUAUUCAGUUUGCAUCUAUUCAUAAUUGUGAAUAAAGGUUACCUUUUCCUCUUUGUAA